CCUUGUCUCUGCAGAUGAUGACCAGCUCUGUCUUUAAAGGAGAGGACAAGACAUCUCCCACAUGGUUCCAUCCUAGAGCUACAAGACCCUGAGACGUCAUUAACAGAACAAGUUUCUCUGCCCAGAUUGAGACGAGGGGUAAUGUUCCCCUACUCAGAUGUUAUUUCAUCAACCAUUGCUAUAACAUGAUGUGGUUAGUUGAAACUUAAAAUACAUAUCCAGGUGUUGUGAGAUCAGGCGUCAGCAACUUCUGAGCAGAGGAACGCGCCUUACAUCAACUCAAAAUAGAGGGAGGAGAUUCUCUGCAUAGCGUUAACCUGAAUCAUCUCAAGAUGGCUGCUAUCGUGAGACUCCACAGACUAACGAAGGAUCAACUGUCUCUCGCUGCUCAGAAGAACAAUAACAAACCAGGCAGAAAACCAACGAAGAAGAAAAACUCCACCACCACCAGAGGAAGGAACCAAUCCACAGGAAAAGGAAACAACUCUGCUGACAGUGAAAGUGUUUCUAGCCAGGUAUCAUCGACCCCUAAGUGGUGGGGUCGUCCCAAGGGAAGCAAAAACAAACCCAAGAUAAGUCUACAACUCUCCAGCGCCAUCUUGAGGCCUGACGAGGUAAAACAAGAGGUGAAACAAGAGAUGGACGAGCUGCCUAUCGGGACAAGAAGUGAUGAACACUGGUUGAACUCUGUGAAGACAGAGAGCUACGACCCAGAGAUGGGUAACACCAGGGGACCUACAGAGAGCGACCCCAGGACAGAUGCACAUCACCUGGGUAUCAAGACGGAGGAUGCCCCCCUGUACCACCAGGAUGGAGGGAGGCGGCUGCGGUCGUCUACCGUUCAGAUGUUCAAUCUGGCUGCGUUGAGUUCUGAGCCAGAAUGGUGGCCUCGCAACCAGAAGGUCCGCCGGUUCCCUUGUCCAGACUGUGGCCAGAAGUUCUUCUCCAAAACCACGCUGGAGUUACACUCCCGGAUCCACACCCAGUACCAGCCGUACUCCUGUGAGGUGUGCCAUAAAACCUUCUCCCGGAAAGGCGGUCUGGUCGAGCACCGACCAAUCCACGAGGCGGAACGCCCCUUCGCCUGCCUCCAAUGCGGCAGAACCUUCACAUUCAAAUCCAACCUGACCCGCCACAUGCGGUUCCACAGCGACGCGCGGCCUUACGUCUGCUCCCAGUGCGGCCACGGCUUCAAGAUCUCCGCCCAACUCAAGAGCCACAUGAUUUCCCACAGCGGGUAUAAGCCGUACGUGUGCCCGGAGUGCGGCCAGAGUUUCGUCCGUUACAUGAGUCUCAAGUAUCACCGGCUGAGCCACACCGGCGAGCGCCCGCUGUCCUGCCCAGAGUGUCCCAUGACCUUUGCCCGGCCGCACACCCUUAUGAUCCACCGGCGACAGCACACCGGGGAGACGCCGUUCUCUUGCCAGGACUGUGGGAAGAGGUUCAAACAGGGGUGCCAACUGAAAGACCACGUCAGAAGGAAACACACAGGGGAGAAACCAUACAAAUGCUCUGAGUGUGACAAGUGCUUCGUCACUUCGGCGUCUCGUAAAGUGCACAUGGUUGUCCACACAGGAGAGAAGCCAUACAAAUGCACAGAGUGCUGUAGGAGCUACAGUCAGAGUGGGGGCCUGAAGAGGCACAGGUGUGAGCAGCAAACCAGUGGCAGCGUUGAGGCUGCUUCUGAUUGGUAACACUGGGCAGGGUCAGAGUUCAGCAGGAAACACCAUCAUUGGCAGAGACCUUCUGAGUGGACUUCUCUAUGGUUGCCAUGACCACAGAUUGUGAGAGUUGGACCGGGCCAGCUGCUACUACCGCUAGAGGGGUCAACCGGACGGGCCUCCCGCCACGUCGACCACACCCCGGGCCUCCCGCCACGUCGACCACACCCCGGGCCUCCCGCCACGUCGACCACACCCCGGGCCUCCCGCCACGUCGACCACACCCCGGGCCUCCCGCCACGUCGACCACACCCCGGGCCU